AUGUGGUAUAAAUUGGUUUUGAAAGUGUUGGCCAAUCGUCUGAAAAUUUAUCUUGACAAGAUUAUUUGUGUAAAUCAAAGUGCCUUCACUUUUGGCAGAGUGAUUACUGAUAAUAUCUUUGUUGCUUUCGAGUUAUUUCACUAUAUGAAAAAUUUGCUGAAUAAGGGUGGAUGCAUGGUUAUGAAGUUAGAUAUGUCAAAAGCAUACGAUAGAAUUGAGUGGGAUUUUUUGGAGGUUGUUCUUGAUAAAUUCGGUUUUGCUCAAAAUUGGUAUAGUAGUGUUAUGGACUGUGUGAGAUCGGUUACGUUCUCUGUGCUUGUUAAUGGCCGGCCUACUGAUGAGUUUUCUCCUAGGAGAGGUUUUCGACAGGGAGACCCGAUCUCUCCAUACUUGUUUAUCUUGUGUGUAGAGGUUUUUUCUCAUCUUCUUAGAGAGGCGGAGGAGUGGGGUAGCCUUCGGGGUGUUCGUAUUGCUCCGUCGGCCCCUUCUAUUAGCCACUUAUUGUUUGCAGAUGAUUGUAUUAUUUUUUCUAGAGCAGCUGUGAAUGAUGCGGAGGUGAUUCAGGACAUUCUUAAUACUUAUGAGCUGUUGUUAGGUCAAAAAAUUAAUUUUGACAAAACGACUAUUUCUUUUAGCAAAGGGGUGUUGAAAUCAAGAUGGACUGAGUUGGCGGGUAAGCUUGGCGUACGCAUUGUGAGUAUUCAUGAUCGCUAUUUGGGUUUGCCUACGGUGGUUGGGAGGUCUAAGAAGGUGAUUACGAGGGCAGUUAAGGAGAAACUUUGGAAGAAGCUCCAAGGUUGGAAGGGGAAGGUGCUUUUCAAGGCGGGUAGGGAGGUUAUGGUAAAGGUGGUAGCACAAUCUCUCCCUACCUACGCGAUGAGUGUCUUUAAGUUUCCAUCGUCUUUCUGUGAUGAGUUACGGUCUUUGGUGGCUCAGUUUUGGUGGGGUAAAAAACAAGGGGAACCUUGGAGAUUGUUGUUGAAAUCGGGUAGUUUAUUAGAGCAAGUGCUUAAAGGUCGAUACUAUCCUAAUUCUUCGUUCUUGGAGGCUGACAUUGGCAUUAACCCAAGCUAUACUUGGAGGGGCAUUGCGAAGGCUAGGUGGGUGAAUUCGUCGGGGAAUGCAGUGGAGAGUUGGGAAUGGUGUAACAAGGAAUUUGAGAUAACUAUACAUGCCCUUAGAGAUUACAGCUUGGCUCGUGAUGUUUGGAGUCAGAGUCGUUUUGCACACGUUGCUCAUUCAAGGACUAGCAGCAUAUUAGAAUGGUGGGAAGGUUGUUUGGCUGAAUUUGAUGAUUUUGAUGCUGCGAGUAUCAUUACAACUUGCUGGGCUAUAUGGGGUGCUCAAAACUCUUGGCUAGCGAAGUAUGCAGGGGUGGAUCAAUUGAUGGUGGAAAGUGACUGUUUGCAGGUUGUUAAUGCUCUUAGAAAUAAGUCCAGUGGCUCUAGUGCUUUCUUUUUAGUUAUAGAUGAUAUUCUUGCCUUUUGUAAUAGUUUUUCUAAUAUUAAGCGGUCUUUUGUGAGAAGAGGUGGGAACAAAAUAGCCCAUGAAUUGGCUCAUCUUCAACCUUGGGAGGUUGGCCAAUGA